AGUCUUUUUUAUUUCCUGAAUCGCAGCACUUAUAAUAUACUUAUUUACCGCUCCCCCUCUACCCGGAAAUUUUUCGAAUUGGCUCACAGCUGCUGGAACGAUAAGACACCUCGCAUCAGUUGUACAACAACGCUGGGGAAACAAUAAUGUCACGGAAAAACGAGAAAAUUGGAAUCAUCGGCAGUGGCCUGAUCGGCCGCAGCUGGGCUAUGCUUUUUGCCGGUUCGGGCUACGACGUACUUCUAUACGAUGUUGUUCAGCAACAGAUCGACAAUGCUCUCGACGAUAUUCGCCAGCAACUCAAGCGCCUCGAAGAAAAUGGUCUCCUUCGAGGCAAACUCAACGCUGGACAACAAUUUUCACUCAUCAAAGGAACUCCUGAUCUAAAAGAAAUGGCCAAGGGCGCGAAGUUGAUCCAGGAGUGCGUGCCAGAGCGCAUCGAGCUCAAAAAGAAGCUCUACAGGGAGCUCGACAGUAUCGUCGACGACAAAGUCAUCAUCUCCUCGUCCACGUCGACUUUCAAGCCCUCGCUCUUCAGCGAAGACCUCAAGCACCGCGAACAGGUCGUCGUGUCGCAUCCCGUGAACCCACCGUACUACGUACCACUAGUUGAAAUAAUUCCAGCACCAUGGACGCGGAAAGAAAUUCCUGCUCAGACAAAAGCUAUCAUGACUGAAAUUGGACAAGCACCAGUUGUCUUGAACCGUGAAAUCGACGGUUUCGCUCUCAACAGAAUACAAUAUGCCAUAUUGAACGAGGCAUGGCGAUUAGUCGCUGAUGGAAUAUUAGAUGUAAAAGACAUUGAUACCGUGAUGAGCGAAGGCCUUGGUAUGCGCUAUGCUUUCCUUGGACCUUUUGAAACAGCCCACCUAAAUGCUGAAGGAAUGCAAAAAUACUGCGAAUCCUAUAAUAAGAGCAUAUACGAUGUUAGUAUGACCUUUGGUCCGACACCGAAAUUCGAGGGAGAAACGGCAGGAAAAAUCUGCAACGAGCUUAAUGCCAUUUGCCCACUUGAUAAAUUGCAGGAGAGACGGGGCUGGAGAGAUCUUGCUCUUACAAAAUUAUCGAUGCUCAAAAAAGAACUUACAAAAAAAAAGUGAUAAAAAAGUUAUAUAAUAACAGAAUUUGUAAGCUUUAAGAUGUGUUCAAAUUAAUUGUUGAAUAAUCGUUAUGUUGAAAAAUUAUUGUUGCAUUUAUAAUUGUUAUUAAUUUAUUUGUGAUUUAAAUAGUACUCCAAAUCAAUUAGGUUUUCAACUAGUUCAUUAUCAAAGAUGAUUACUUAUUUCAUCUUUACUAUACGACUAUUUAAUUCAUUUCAUAUAAAAAUAUUGUUAUAUUGUGCCUUCCACUGACGAAUGGGUGUAAUAAAAUUAUUGCCAACAAUUUA